ACCGAGAAUGUAAGAUAUCGUGUAAGUCGUGGUGAGGCAGCUUGUCGAAGAGCCGCAGCACACGACGUAUAACUUGGUGUGAAAGAGCAAAUCCAGGGCCCCUCUCCAAUUUCGUCCCUACAACCCAACUCGUCACAAAGUGAGCGCGAAUUAUUUGCAUCUUGUUGACAAACAUUGAACAUAAAAUCUGUUUCGCCCCUUGUUCUCCACCCCUGCCUUCUAACGGCGACUUACAUGACCGAGAUGGGGUUCGAAAAGGAUAUUUACAACCUCUUGGACCACGUUCAUAAUGCAAAGCUACCAGGCCGCAGCCCAAUGGCUUAUCAGCCCACUCCACAGGUUCACAGUAGCGGUCAAGAAAAGAACUUAAGUGAGGAUGAUGAGCUUUUCGAAUUCUUCUUUGACUAUACCCGCUACCAAGCAUCUGCGACGAAGGAUUCUCCCCGCGUACGGAAUCUAGCACCGCGAACCAUGACCGGCACGACCCCACUAUCAGACAACGAGACGGGGAGUACGACAGAGACAUCUUCUAUCCUUACCCCCGAACCUGAUGUCUCCACCCCCGGGUCUGCCUUUACGGACCUUGUCUCAUCUCUCGAGGUCUUCGAGAGUAGUGACACCCCCUCAAAUGUUCUACAAGGCCUUUCCGAUGACCCGUACCUCUUCCCCCGUCUCGACAAGGAGCAAGAGCUUCCCCGGUUACCUCGUCUCCUCGUUCCUGGUUCCAAGAAGAGAUCCAGGUCCAACAGUCCCGGCGUUCAGAAGCGUGUAGUCAAGGACAUUGGCAAGACCAACCAGGUCCGAAAUGCCGGAGCAUGUAUGCGAUGUAAGAUCCAGAAGGUCCCGUGUAGCGCGACCGGCGUGUGCGAGAAGUGCGUCAAGGCACACCCCAAGGAACCCCAGAGCUCUUGCUUCCGGGAAGACUUGGUCACAAUCGCAAGCAGCUUGACUCAUCAGCGAUUCGCUGAGCUCAACAGGAAUAUGGAGAUUGAGGUCCGGGAGUUGCUUAGGACCGCCCAUCCACAAUAUCUAGAGCCCAUCUAUAAAGGAGCUGUGCUUUUUUCUCGUAGUCUGCCUCAAGUUGGGCUUCCGACUACGCUGCGCAACUACCGCUGCAUGGUAGACGGCAUGUCUCAACAGCUCCACAGAGGCUGUGUUCUCUCUAGGGAGCAUGGCGGUGUUCCGUCGUACCAGGACCUCGUCAAAUGGGCAGAGCAAAUGGUACUACCCGAAGACCGCGAUACCUUCGAAGGAAGCAUCGAACGGUUCAUCAAGACGUACUCCGCACCUCACCGGUUCCGUCAAUAUCCCAAACGGCCACAGAUGGAACUUCUCGACAAUGUUCACACUAUGAAAUGCAUGUACAAGAUCUGUUGUCAAGGCGACUUCAUCUUCGUUCACGAAGGUACUGGAGCAGUGAAACAAGUUCCCUUACCCGCCCAGGCAGAACUGAGAGCCGUUGCGCGCAUGGCCCUCGAAAAAGCCGAGAGAGACAUUCUCAAGGCGCUCGACAAGCUGAAAGCCGCUUCGACAAAAGUUCCCGAACAAGACUUGCCUGCUAUCUGGGCCGCCUCGUGGCAGCUCAUGUUCAUCUAUCGAGAUCUGCUGAGAAACAGGACGCCGCGCGACAAUGAUGCCGGGGCGCUCCUCAACGCGGUGGCCGUCUUUUACGCAGCCCACUUUAGGACCUCGUCCUCCCUUGGCAAGUUGACGUUGGAUAGUCUGCAACGUUAUUGGGGACCUGGCGAGACUCAGCAGGCGCAGCUCUCUGCUGCGUUUGAUCAUGCUCUGAGUCUUCGCGAUACUCUCCAUCGAACAAUCGCAGCUGGUAUUGACGAGAUUGAUCAUCGUCUCAAGGCCUUGGUUGUCGACCCGGAGAUGAAAGUCCUGGGACGACGUACGAAUAAGAAGACGAGCGGCAGCAAGUGACAUACUGCACUGCUCAUAUGGCGAUUGAAAGUGAGGCGGAGGAAACCUGAGGGCCUUUGUGUCCUGGUUCCGCUAUGAACAUGAAGAUUAUGAUGUAUGACACGUAUGGUGGAUUCUGGUCUCUUUGGUAUAGCGUAUAUUUUAUGUUGGCUCUUGAACUUCUUUUAAUGUGCAACCUUAGCUGGUGUUCUGGGAUACGGGGGUUCUGCGUUCGAAGCGAGGCAGAGACCUAGUCGCUGCAGUGGGAUGGCGUUUUUGAGUUGGUCUUUGAACGCCGUUGGCUUUCCUCCUCUCCUCAUGUCUUGCCAAGGCAACAAGCCAAAUAUCAAUCCAUUGAGCUGAGAA